GUUCGGCCAAACAGGUAGUUUUGUGUCCUUUUUUUAACACUGGAGCGCGAGAGGAAACGCAUCUGACUCAUCUUCCGGCUUUGGAAAGAGAGUUUCACUUGGCGACCUCGCCUACAGAUAAAACAUCGACUCUAUUAUCUGCUGUGCUGUGUGCCGAAGGAGGUAUCUAUCAUUCGUUGUUCGGGACCUUUCUACGGAUAAUAUGGCUUCGUCUGGUGAUGUCAAUAACAGGACAGCCAUCAACAUGGGACAAUUGUACCCACAUUGGCAGAUGGUUUUUAACAAAUAUGACGAGGAUGCUGAUGGCAGGCUAUCUCUAGCAGAAAUGAAGAAAGUUGUCAAAUGUGAACAUUUUGAACAUGACAUUCCUAAUCGGUGUAUUAAACGCUUGUUAUUGAAAGCAGAUCAGAACAAAGAUGGUUAUAUUGAGUACGACGAAUUUCUGAAGAUGAUUCAGGAUCCAGAAGUACGAACAGCUUUUGGUCAUGGGCUUCAUACCUUCAUAAGUAAGACAAUCGUGCCAAGGCGACCUCCUCCCUCUGUUGUGUUAGCACGUGCUGUGGACACCACUGACUAUGGUGAAUAUGAAGAUGAGUACUCAUGCAAUCCCCCAGCAGUAUGUAUGAUUAUUGUGAGCAUUCUUGAGAUAAUUGCUUUUCUUUAUGAUGUAAUUCAAACUGGCAAAUCUACAGUUAGUGGGCCAGCAGCUAAACUAUUCAUUUAUAACCCACGAGAGAGGGACGAAGCUUGGCGCUAUUUAACUUACAUGUUUGUGCAUGUUGGAGUGUUUCAUUUAGCUGUUAAUCUGAUGGUUCAAAUCAUGUUGGGAAUCCCUCUUGAGAUGGUACACCGUUGGUGGCGUGUUCUUCUUAUCUAUUUGGCUGGUGUUGUGGCUGGGUCUCUGGGUACAUCAGUCUCUGAUCCCAACGUGUACCUUGCGGGAGCAUCUGGUGGUGUGUAUGCCAUCAUGACAGCUCAUAUUGCAACCAUAAUUAUGAAUUUCCAAGAGAUGCAAUUCGCAAUCUACCAACUUAUUGUAUUCCUGUUACUUAUUGUAUCUGAUGUGGGAACUGCUAUUUACAAUAGACUGCAUCAAGUAGAUGAUAGGGUUGGUUAUGUAGCUCAUUUGGCUGGAGCUGUAGCUGGUCUUUUGGUUGGUAUACAAGUUCUACGAAAUCUAGAAGUGCGCUCAUGGGAACGUGUUAUCUGGUGGGCAUCCAUCAUUUUGUAUUUUGGUUUAAUGAUUACUGCCAUUGUUUGGAAUGUUGCCUUCCCAGAAUACUUCCCAAGACCUUACAGUGAAUUGUGUGUUGGUAGUUCUUGCUAAUUUAUAUUUUUACGUAAGUGGAUCCAACUAUAAAAUACAGUACAAGCUUUGAGACGCUGGGAUGUGCUUAGCUAUAUAUGUACACCCUCAGGAAGCCAGUGUUAGAAACCUGGUGUACCCUUGUACUCUUAAAGAAAUUAUUGCCACUACACCUCUGUAUGUGGUAGUGCACUCAAAGCGUAAAUGAAAUACUAUUAUUUAUUCUUAUGAAUUACUCCACUUUUGCACCAAAUUUUCAUAUGUGUGUAGGAGUUGUUGCUUUUUAAACAUGGCAUAUAAUUGUGCUCUUGAAUUCCAGUAUUAAAUAUCUUUUGGUAGCUCUUUUUUUUAUAGACCAUGACUAGUUUGAUGGAAUUGUGAUACCUAUUUGCUCAUUUCUUUAGGCUUUAUUCAAUUUAAAAUUAACAUUUAUGAAGUAUAAUUUUUGAAAAGUAAGUUACCAUAAAAUAAUAUUUUAAGUAGCCUUAGCAUACAUCCGCAGAGUAUUACGAAUCCAUGGAAAUUUCUGUGCCAUGUCUUGAGAUAUUCAACUCAUGCAGAGGGGCCAAUUUGUUAAAUAUAUGCAUGCACGCACACAAGCACAAAUGCAAUUUGUGGACACAAGUUCCACAUUAAAUGAGGUAUUAUCGAACAUGAUCUAGUCAUCAUUAUGGCUAACAAAUAUUUUGGUAAUUUAGAUAUGCAUGUUUAAAUGAAGCUCUUGUAACAGUGAUUUUGUAUUAUUACAGUAUCAGUGGGUUCAUUUGUUGUUUAGUUACAUAAAAUGUGUCCAAAGCAUCUUACAUCAUGUAGUCCAUUUGAUGACUUGAGAAUAGAGGAAAUGUGUAUCAUGAUCUCUUAGCAGCAAUCUGUUGAAGGUAUUGUAAUAAAUUGACAAUGAAA